CACCAACCACACAAAGGCAUCAUGUACCCAGAGAGGCAACAUGAUGACAGUAGUGAUGUGUAUUCACGGUUCUUAUUGUACUUUAAAGUGGGGCUGGUUGUCAUUUUCAUCAUUUCUACUACAAGAAGUCUACAAAUCUAUAUACAAGGUGUAUAUUACCUUUGAUUCAGUGUGUUUUCAGAUGCAGAAAGAGGGAGAGAGAGAGAGAGAGAGAGAGAGAGAGAGAGAGAGAGAGAGAGAGAGAGAGAGAGAGAGAGAGAGAGAGAGAGAGAGAGAGAGAGAGAGAGAGUGUGUGUGUGUGUGUGUGUGUGUGUGUGUGUCAAUGGCUAGCCACAAGUCAGCCAGGUGUAGCCAGCCUUAAGGAUCAAGUUACCAAGUUGCCAGCUACUUUCUUUUAUGACAUCUUAUUUAUUUAAUAUAUGUACCAAUAAGAUUAUUAUAUCAUGUUAUUUAUGUCAUUUGGGAACAGGGAGCAAGUGAAGAUGUCCCUUGAUGUACCAGAAUAAAGCAGGAAUACAGGAUUUAGGAUAUCAUGUUUCAUUAGGACCAGAAGCAGUGUUGCCAGUUACGCUAAGAUUGUGACUCCUUGCUUUAAGACUUCAGAAACUGUCUAUGACACAUCAGGAAAAUACAAAGAAGUGAAGAUUGUUCCUGAGAUAGCUUAUAUGUUCUGCUGAGUGCUGUGACGAGGGGGAAUAAUUGUGACAACCCUUCUACAAUCAUCAUUCUGGCUUUCCAUCUGCAUGUGAUCAAGUGACAUGAGGUAUCAGUACACCCACAGGUGGAUAUCAGGUGUGUGUGUGUGUGUGUGUGUGUGUGUGUGUGUGUGUGUGUGUGUAGUGGUCUGGUUUGAGGUGUGUCUCACUUCCCAUCUCCUCCCUGAAGGUUGUCCUGCCUUGCUCUGCCUCAUCAAAACAGUCAUGAGGCGCAAACGCAAGAUGAACCGGGUACAGCCGGAGAAUGUGCACUCCACUAUUUUCACCCAGCGGGAGUACCAGGUGGAGCUCGUGGAUGCCUGCCUGCGGGAGAACACCAUGACCGUCCUGGCCUCCCGCUCCACCCGCACCUUCCUCAUCACAAUGGUCACGCGAGAGAUGGCACACCUCACACGCAGUGGGAGGCAGCGCACACUCAUCACUGGCUGGUCUGGACCAGGGCUGGUGCGGGUAGGGGAGGCCAUCCAGCAAAACACAAACCUCGCUGUCACCACCUACACCGCCCUUGACCAGGUGGACAACUGGCCAGCCUCUCGGUGGGGCCAGUCAUUCAGGGAGGCUCAGGUGCUGAUCAUGACCAUUGAGGUGCUGGAGCGCGGCAUGAUGGCUGACGUCCUCCCGUUGGACAUGCUCAAUCUUCUGGUCAUCACUGACGCCCACCGCAUGGCCACCUGCCCUACAGUACACAAGAUCCUGAGCAGCUGUGGUGGGUGUCGUAUUCUGGGCAUGACGUCCCCGGUGCUGAGCCAUGCCUGCUCGCCUCCCCAGCUUGAGUCCUUCCUUAACCACAUCCAGCGAGCUUCAUCCUGCAGGGUGGACACCGCUUCUGAGAUUGUCACUGUCCUGCGAUAUGUAAAUAAACCUUUGGAAAAGAUUGUGAUGUGUCGGGACCCAAGCCAAGAGGAGCGGUCUGAGGUGGAGAUAGAGGUGCGUCGGCUAGUGGAUCAGGCUAUGGACUUCCUGGGAGAGCACCGUUAUGAUCUGGUGGAGGUGUAUGGACCAGAGUACCAGGAGUUCUGUGAUGGCCUGCCUGAUCCCAACACUGAGCCCCGACAGAUACUCCUUGAUUUUCUGGAUGUGCUCAAUAAUUUAGGGCUGUGGUGUGCUGACAGAGCAGCUUUAUAUGCAUUAGUUGAGGUGGAGAAGUUGAAGAAGAAGACUGCCUAUGAUCGUCACUACCUCCUGCUGUGUAUGAUCUUCACUGUCAUGGCUCGCAUAAGGGCUGUAGUGGAACAAGCAUUCGAUAAAUAUUCAGAAUUGGAUCAAAUCUUGAAAUUUUCUACACCCAAAGUUCUGCGUUUGGUUGAAGUCCUCCGUCAGGUUCGUCCCCUAAACUUUGUAGAUCCUCGCAAGAGAAGAGACAAGACUGAAAACACUGAGAGCUUGAAGGGAGGAGCUCAAGUUGAAGGAUCAGAGAGUCAAGCUGUUGAGGCCACAGCUGACCCUGAACACUCUGAAGUGUCUGUGGUGCUUGCUGUGUCUGAUGGAGCUACAUCACCAGAAAACUCUGGCACAGAUUAUAAAAAUCAAGAUGAUAAUGAGGAGAAAGAAAAAUAUUCACCUGAAAACUCACUCUGCCCAUUAGAUUCUACUCAGAUUGGCAAGAACAAGGUCUUAGCUACAAAGAAUUGUAUGAAUGAUACUAGAGAAAUCAUUCAAGAAAGUAGUGAGACUGGUACUAAAUCUGAUGAUGAUAUGGUAGACCAAAUUGUUCAUAAAACUGCAAAUAAGAAGAGUUUGUGCAAUGGUUGUGCUUUUGAGGAGGACUCAUGUCCCCCUAACAUUAUGGACAUGGCCUCUCCUAGCAAACCCUCCAGCAAGCAGUCAAAGAUAUGUGCAAAUACAGAAGCACCAGAGACUGUGUCAGAAUGUCAUUCCAAUGGAUGGAGUUCUCAGGAUGUCAGUCUGGAUUCGUGUGACUGUAAGCCAAGUAUUUCUAUAUGUUCAGGAAAGAGUGAAAAGGGAGUGAAUUCUGAGGAAGAAUGUGUCAACUGUCAACAUAGUGUGGCAAGAGAGUGUCUCCACAAUGGAGAGGUGGAGGAGGUGUGUCGAGAGCCAAGCAAAGUACAAAUUCAUCCAGAUGUUACACAGAACUGUUGCAAUAUCUCUGAAUCUGUAGUCACUAAGAAAGCUGGAGAUGGAUCAACUUUAGAAGAGGAUUUAUGUAGGCUUAGUGUUAGGGAAUCCUCAUUUAGAAUUGGCUGUGAAAUUGAAAAUCCUAUAAACUGUGAUGUAAGCAAUGGAACUAUGAGUGCCAAAAGCCACCUGUAUGAUGCUGCCAAGGUACACAAUAGUAUAAGUGCUCCGCUAUGCAAUGGAUACCAGAGUGGCAGUGAGGAGAGCUUGCCAUCCUUGAGAAUCUCUGAAGGGGGUCUUGACAACAAGCUUAACAGCCACAACAACCAAGAGGAGUCAACAUCCUCCAUUCAGGGUGAGGAGGAGCAAUGCCUGGAGCAGUCACAUUCAGUACAAAGCAAUCUGUGUGAUGAGGAAGUCCAGCCCAAUGAAAGAGUUCCCCUCACCAGUGCUCAUUCCACUACCUCUCAACCAGCCAGUAAAGUGGCUGAUGUCCCAGCAACUCUUCCUGAGGUCACCACAGCCCCUGGUGAGGGUGCUGAGGAUACUAGAGGUCAUACUGAGGCUAGAGAAGUCAUCACAGACCAUAAUGAGGCCAGUGAAACCACUGCAGACCCUAAUGAGGCCAGUGAAGCCCAUAAAGACACUGCUGAAGAUAAUGAAGCCACCACAGGCCCUGCUGAAGGUAAUGAAGCCAUUGCAAGCCCUGCUGAGGCCAGUGAAGCUAUGCCACAAUCUGCUCAAAGUAACUCAAGUGCACCUAGCAAAGAUGUGGACAGCACUGUCUCUCCAACACCUGCUGUUUCCUCUGAGGCAGCAGCCAUGGCGGACACCUUGGCCCUGCUGCUCCCUGGUGGUGGUGGGGGCAAGGGUGGCAGGAAGCGGCGUGACGAGGUAAAGGAAAAGGUCAAGGUGCACAACCCAGACGACCCAGACUCAGUGUGCGGUCUCAUUUUUGUGCAUCACCGGAACAUUGCCAAGAUCAUCUACCGCCUCCUCAAGGAGCUGAGUGACAUUGGAGGAGACUUUGCAUGGAUCUUCCCCCAAUACACGGUGGAGGCUCGGGAGAAUGUGAAGGAUGACCCUCGUGCAGCCGAGGCUGAGCACAAGAAGCAGGAGGAAGUGUUGAGAAGGUUCCGUCAUCAUGAGUGCAAUGUUCUAGUGUCCACACGAGUGCUGGAGGAAGGGAUUGAUGUACCACAGUGCAACUUGGUCCUGCGAUUUGACCCUCCCCUGGACUAUCGUUCGUAUGUGCAUAGCUGUGGUCGUGCCAGAGGCCAAGACACUUUCUAUUUCCACCUGGUAACCAAAGCUCAGGAGAAGGCUUUCCUGCGAGACAUGGCUACAUACUCAGCCUUCCAGAAGGUAUUGGUGAGUCGAUGCAGCAGUGUAGAGGUGGGCACAGACCAGGAAGUGGAUGCAGAGGAAGCCAAUGCAGCCUAUGCACCAUAUUUAACCCCUGCCAAUGCAUCAGUUACCAUGGCCUCUUCUAUCAGUCUUCUCAACAAGUAUUGUGCUAAGUUGCCCAGUGACACCUUCACACGCCUCACUGCCAUGUGGGCGAUGGAUGAGAGGCAAGAGGAAGGCCUUGUGCUGUACAGCUGUAGGAUUAUGCUGCCCAUCAACUCCCCUCUGAAAGGCACCAUCAAGGGUCCGUGGCAGCCCAAGGUUUCCUUGGCCAAGAUGGCAGCAGCGUUGGAGUGCUGCCAGCGGCUGCAUGAGGUGGGUGAGCUGGAUGACCACUUACAGCCAGUGGGCAAGGAGAGCAUGCGUCUGGAUGACCACCUGUGCCCUCCACCACCUGAUGAUCAGGUGCCAGAGGGAAUGCCCCGCCCUGGCACUACCAAGCGCCGGCAGUACUACUACAAGAAGGUUGCCAACUGCCUGACUGGGGAGCAGCCCAAGGAGAAGCUACCACUGUUUGUGUACAAGUUGGGCAUGGUUCUCACCUGUCCCAUCCCUGAUGAACAGAACACCCGUGGCCGUAAGAUUUAUCGUCCAGAAAAAUCUUCUCGUUCUUUUGGGAUUGUGACCACUAAACCCAUUCCUCAGGUGAGUGGGUUUCCGGUCUUCACACGGUCUGGAGAGGUGAUGGUGCAGGUAGAGGAGGUAGGCACUAGAGAAAACUUCACCCAGGACCAACUAGCAGCCCUCCAGUACUUCCACAAGUUCUCCUUUACUCAUGUCCUGCGAUUGGAGAAGUAUCCCAUUAAAUUUGACCCAACUAAUGCCAAGACAGCAUUUUACAUUGUACCACUCAAUAAAUCUGAGGACACAGAUAGCAUUGAUUGGGAGUUCGUGAAGAAAAUCCAGGCCGAGGGUGACCCAAGGCCAGUACCGCCCCUUGAGGAGGCUCGCCAGAAGUUUCAUUUCCAGCACAGCCUGUAUGAGGAUGCAGUGGUGAUGCCAUGGUACAGGAAUCAGGACCAGCCUCAGUACUUCUAUGUGGCUGAGAUCUGCACUCACCUCAACCCACAAAGUGACUUCCCUGAUGCUGGAUUUGAGACCUUUGAGAAGUACUACCUCACCAAGUAUGGCUUGCAGAUCUGCAAUCUGAGUCAGCCAUUAUUGGAUGUUGACCACACCUCAGGUCGCCUCAACCUGCUCACCCCAAGACAUGUUAACAGGAAAGGAGUUGCUCUGCCAACUACUUCAGAGGAGACCAAGAGAGCUAAACGGGAAAACUUACAACAGAAGCAAAUCCUGGUACCUGAACUGUGCACUAUUCACCCGUUCCCAGCAUCCCUGUGGCGUAAGGCUGUGUGUCUGCCCACCAUUCUGUACCGCAUCAAUGCUCUUCUCUUGGCAGACCAGCUCAGGAUCUGUGUGGCACAGGAAGUUGGUCUUGGUCUGCAGACACUUGAUCCCAGCUUUUCAUGGCCACCCUUGGAUUUUGGCUGGAGCUUGGCUGAUGUGCUGAAGAAGAGCCAAAGCAACCAGGAAACCUCUGAAGUGGACCCAAAGACCAAGGACACCAACACUAGUUCACAGAAGUCAACUAAGAAAACAGAGCCAGUAGAAUCAGUCGAGUCCCCGUCUCCCAAGAAGAAGCCAGCCCGCAGUGGCUCCGACAUGGAGAUAGGCACAUGGUCCAAUGACAUGGCAGUGGAUCCUCCUACUCCACCCUUCACUGAAGAUGACCUUAAUGGAUCUGAUGAGUUUGAAAUUGAUACCUUUGACCCUAAUGUUGCUCUGCCAGACAAUUUGACACUGUUAGAUGGCUGCACUGGGGGAGAUGAUGAAGUAGAGGGAGAGCUUGGAGCUGACUGGGGUACUGGCCUGACAGAACGCCGCACCAAAGGUUCCUCCUCUAAGAGUAAUGCUGGGGGAGGAGAAAUAUUCCGUGUUGGCUCACCUUCCAACUUUGAGAUUGAUGGCUGGGACAUGUUUGGAGGGUCAGGAGGGGCAGGUUAUGGGAGCAACUAUGGUGGAUAUGGAUCUUAUGAUGCCUAUGGCGGCUAUGGAGAUUUUGAGGGGCUGGCAGAUGACCUUGAAGGUUGCGAAUCUGAUGUGUCCUCAGACAUGGAUGAUGAUGACAAGAGCCAAGCUGACAAGCUAUGGGAUGAGGAGGCCACUAAAAGACGAGCCAAUACAGCUAUAGACGAUGCUUCUUCUGAUGAGGAAGUGGAUCUGUGGUGGCCCCAGGAAGAAGAAGAGGUGUGUCUGGCCAAAGAGGAGGAGUUUCAGCAAUUGCUGGAAGAAAAGCAGCAGGAUUUGUUGCAAGGAUCUACUUAUCUUUCUGAAAGUACCCCUUUGGUGGUGGAGAAAGCACACCGAAGGCUGGCUGUGGAACAAAAUGCUACUGCAUCUAUAGAGAAGGAGAGUGUAAUUGUGGGAAAAGCUACAAUACAAGGCUGUGAAAUGCUAUCUUCAAAGUGCUGUGAUAAUGCUCAACAAUCUACCUCACCUAAAACUGCGAUUGUGAACCGCACUGAAACUCUCUCUCUCACAGAGUUUGACAAAGGUGCUGAAGUUCCUCCAUGGAGGAAUUCCCCUGAUGAAUUAUCCUUUAGCUUUGAUUACCAGCCAGACCUCUUGCAUCACCCAGGGCCACCUCCCAGUGUCAUCCUCCAAGCACUCACCAUGUCCAACGCUAAUGAUGGAGUUAACCUGGAGCGUCUAGAAACUAUUGGAGACUCCUUUCUCAAGUAUGCCAUCACCACUUUUUUGUACUGCACUUACCCCCACCGUCACGAAGGCAAGCUGAGCUACCUGCGUUCCAAGCAGGUCAGUAACUUGAACCUUUACCGUCUUGGCAAGCGCAAGGGUUUAGGAGAAUGCAUGGUGGCCACAAAGUUUGAGCCACAUGACAACUGGCUGCCCCCUGGCUAUUUUGUGCCCCGAGAGCUGGAGGAAGCACUUAUUGACUCUGGGGUUCCCGCAGGCCACUGGAACAUGGCAGAUCUGCCGGGGCUGCAUGACCUGGCCAGUGAUGAGAUCCGCCGGUUGGUACAGGAGCGCUCUGAGCAGAUAAAGCGCAGUAAAUCAGAACAGGUAACUAGCGACUUGAUGGCUACACAAAACCCUCAUGACCUGCCCAUUUUUAUCCCCUACAAUUUACUAACUCAACACAGCAUCCCUGACAAGAGUAUUGCUGAUUGUGUUGAGGCUUUGAUUGGGGCUUAUCUGACUACUUGUGGGCCUCGUGGUGCUCUACUUUUCAUGUCCUGGCUUGGCAUAAAGGUGCUUCCUUGCAAGUACCAGGAGGACUCUGCCACCUCAGCACCUCAAAUCACAUAUGGUCAUUUGGAGCCUCCACAGUCACCACUCCACCAGUGUCCCAUCUCCACCACAGACCUGCAGCUGGAUCUUCUCCUCAGUGGCUACAUGGUUUUUGAGGAGAAGAUCGGCUACACUUUCCGGGACCGCUCCUACUUGCUGCAGGCCUUCACUCAUGCCUCCUACUACAGGAACCGCCUCACUGACUGUUACCAACGUCUGGAAUUCCUUGGAGAUGCUGUGUUAGAUUAUCUGAUAACCCGCCACUUGUAUGAGGACAAGAGGCAGCACUCUCCUGGAGCCUUGACCGACCUGCGGUCUGCACUGGUUAACAACACUAUCUUUGCUUCACUUGCUGUCAAGUAUGACUUCCAUAAGUACUUCAGACACUUUUCUCCUGGUCUGGACCGUGUUGUGAGGGACUUUGUCAAGAUGCAAGAAGAAAAUGGCCACAAAAUCAAUGAGGAGUACUACUUUAUGGAAGAGGAUGAGUGUGAGGCAGCAGAAGACAUUGAGGUGCCAAAAGCUCUUGGAGAUGUGUUUGAAAGUGUGGCUGGGGCCAUCUUCCUUGAUUCUGGGGGCUCCCUGGAUGCUGUGUGGUCGGUCUACUAUACCAUGAUGUGCCGAGAGAUUGAGCAGUUUAGCGGCGUGGUUCCCAAGUCGCCCAUCCGAGAACUGUUGGAAAUGGAGCCCGAGACGGCCAAGUUUGGGAAACCAGAGCGCCUGGUGGACGGCAAGGUAAGGGUGUCUGUGGAGAUUUUUGGGAAGGGCUCAUUCUCAGGUGUGGGACGCAACUAUCGCAUUGCCAAGUCUACGGCAGCCAAGCGUGCUCUGCGCCACCUCAAGAAGCUGCAGAUGAUGGCCAACCAAGGCAUGUGAAGGAAGGAACCUUCCUAAUAAGUUCAAAAGUUGCUUAAUGUGACAGCCCAGUGUUUGAUACUGUUUCCAGUGACUCAAAGCUUAGUGAAUCCCAACACUACCAUUAGCUUUUUAUAUCUUUAUAAGGAAAUGUGUGUGUACGUGUGUGUUUGUGUAUUUGUGUGUGUGUGUGUGUGUGUGUGUGUGUGUGUGUGUGUGUGUGUGUGUGUGUGUGUGUGUGUAGAAUUUGUAUUUGCAGAAUUGCUGGGAAAUGUGGCAGUGGUCAUGAUAUUGUUGUCUCCUUAUUGUUUAUAUAUUUUUUUUGUUUUAUCAUGACUUUAAAUAUUUUAAUUGGAUUAGUAUUCAGUAUUAGUUGUAGGUAACAGAUUCUAUAUCACAUUGAGUCAAUGUAUGAAUAUCCAAAGAGUACAAAAAGCAUAACGUGCUGGUGAGGAUUCUGCACAGGAUGUGCAAACAGUGCCACAGUAAAGUGCAAUUGUCAUUUGCUUAAUCAUUUAUAUUAUGCCUCAGUUUUUCGUUAUUUGCUUCUCUGUGUGGGUAUAAAAGCAGAACCAAUUUUCAAAACAUUCAGGCUGAGGCACACACACCCCACAGCCAUGUUCUAGGUGCAUUCAUUACAUUACCUAGAUAAAACCAUCUUAGCCCACAGCAAAACCCAGAAACGUUCUAUUUACUUAACAUGGAGAAUGGUGUAGUGGGCCACACUAAUACCAGGAAUAACUGUACUUUAUUGUAACUAUUUUGAGGGAUGAGAUGGGACUGUCCAUCCUCUCUCCCAUCACUUAAGACUGGUGAUAGCUUGAAGGAGGCAAGAUUGAAUGGGUGGCUGAUGGGUGGAAGCUGAAGAUAAUCAGCACAGAACCUGUUGUCACUGUAGGUAUGAAGCUCCAUCAGGAGGUAUGUCAGCUGUGUGGCACCUUGCACCCCUCCUGACCCACUGUCACACCUGUGCCGCCAUUUUGCUGUGAUGAUUUACCUGACACUAAGUUCAAAUUUAAGUCUGAUGUUUUAGUAUUGACAUACUGCUUGGUAUUUUAUGUGCAAAACUGUUUAUUGUUAAAUUCAAAUCAAUUUAAUUAAGUAUCACGAGCUAACCAUAAAUAUUAAGUUAAUAUAUACAGCCUAAAUUUUAAGUUGUUUCAUAGUAAGCGACAAAAAACUGCCAUGGUUUAGAUUAUAACUGAGGUGCCCCAUGUUUGAGGGAGCUCACAGACCAGGUCAUAAGAAAAAAGGAGCUUUGACCUUUUAGACUUUUGGCUGGGAUGCACCUUCUAGCAUGGGACACCUCAUACUGCAUAUACCUGGAAUUAUUCAUAUUUAGCAUUGGAAACAUGUGGUGUCCUAAGCUGCAGCUAACACUUGGGUACUGAACUCCACUCUCCUUGUUGCAUCCUCUCAUCCUCCACCUGUGCUCCACCCUUGAGGUCUGUGUUGUCAUGGAUCUAGUGGUCAUCUACCUCUGCUUUAGUCUGUAUCUUGCAAGCUGAUUAUGUUACUGUAUGUAAGUGAGUGUAUGAAUCAUUACAACACGCAGGGAGAUGGUAUUCAGUGGUUGUUGUUUUAAGUACUAAUGAGAUUUAUGGCACCAUAUGUUGACCAGAAAAUAGUUUUACCUGAGUAUCACUUAAGUAUUCAUACCUACUUUGUUUUCUUCACUACUUUUGUUUUGUUGUUUGAUUAAGGGAAAUCUGUAUGCAUGUAGUAUGUUGGACUGGAUUCUUAAGUUGCCUACACCAACUUUGACAUUGGAUGCAGCUGAAAGGGUCUCCAUUCACUCAUCAUCCCUGUUACACUACUCACUUAACUGAAAAUGUUUUAACUUGCUAUGCACUUAUUAUUAUUAUUAUUAUUAUUAUUAUUAUUAUUAUUAUUAUUAUUAUUAUUAUUAUUAUUAUUAUUAUUAUUAUUAUUAUUAUUAAUUUAUUUAUAUUUUUUGAUGCAUGUGGCGAUUUGGGUGGCAUCUACUAAAAGCAGAACAUAGGAUUGCAAUGAUUCUUGUGUCUUACAGGUAUACUAAAGAAUGUUUUGCUCAGCAGCCCUUCUUCCUCAAUUAUCAUGUCAACUUUAUUUCUAUAUAGCUUCAUGCUACCUCAAAAUAUGCUUGUGAUUGCUGAAAUUACAAGAAAAAAAAACAGUAAACUCUCAGUUUUCAGAACUUGUUAUGAGAAGCUGGAAAAUACUUGAUUGUGUAUUCUUAUCAUAAUAAGCUGAUGUGCAAUAAAAGAAUAUGGAAGUGUAAUCUUACACUGAAACAGAGGUGAUAGUUUACAAUCACAGCAUUACCAUACAAAUGACAGCUACUGAAUGUAAAGUUUAAAAUGCCAGAACAGUGUCACUGAAAUAAGUUGGUGUAUGUGAACCUUUGAGCCUUCAGAUAUGUUUAGAGAUAUAUCUAAAUCCAGCUUUCAGUGUGGAAAUGAAGAUAUCAAAAAGUUUAUCUAAACCUGCCCAUAUUUAUUAGGGAGAUGUUCAGCAUAUAUCUGUGCUAGCAGUGCUUCAUAUUGCAUACUGCUUGCAAUGAUGUGAAUAUGAUAGAUAUCUGCUUCCUGUAUAACUCUGAACUUUUAACUUAAAGAAGGAAAACUGUAAUCAUGUGUGUCUGCUGAUAAAAGUGGAUGGUGAAUAGAAGUUUUGUUCACAUUCUCCAUUUGGAAUAAGAAGGCUGAUAAAGGUUUUUGUUCUUACAGGCAGGUAUCCACACAUAUACAGUGUCAUGCUAUAUAAUGAAAAAGCUACAUAAGAAGGAUCAGCCAUAUCUCUUGAUUUUCAAGAACCAUGUAGCUGUGAAGGUUCUCCAAAGUUAUGUUUUGUUGGACAUCAGAGAGGAAUGAUAAAUUAAUCCAAAACAUUCCUGACCGUUAAUUGAUUAAGAAAUUUUUUUUUUCUAUUUUGCAUUCUGAUAGAAGGAAAGAGUAGACAUCCAGGUUAUCAGAUAUAUGAGUCAGAAGAAAGUGUGAAUAGUGAUGUGAGUGGAAUACUUUCAUGACAAGCAAGGGAGUGAAACAUUCAGCAGCUGAUUGCCUACCUCUAAAUAUUCAACAGCUGCUUGCUUACAUGUACACAAUCAACAGCUGAUCGCCUACAUGUAAACAUUCAACAGCUGGUGGAAAAACUGCCAUCAUGAAAGCUGUGCAUGACCUUCAUAGACUUGAUCACCCUGGUGCUCCUCAGUGCCUUCUGUAUAAGUCAUGUCAUCACCUUGAUAUUGCUUGCAUGGUUCUACUUGCAGCUCACGCACUAACUUUUCAUUGCCUCAGCAACCUGCUAAUUAUUGUUUUAAGACACAGUACUACCAGGAUAGAAUAUGGUUAACAGUGAGCAUACAAAACUUGUUUCAUUGAUAGUGACAUAUGUGUAAAUCAGUUUUAGAUUGUUUAAGUGGAUAGUACACAAGUAUUAUUUGUUAAAUUAUGAAAUUAUGAAGUUUUCCAUUGAACAAGUUGAGUUUAAUGUCUUAAUUAAUUAAUUUAUUUAUUUGUUUUAUUUAUUUUUUUUUUUUGCCAUACUAAGGAACUGUUUGUGUUGAAAUGUUCACUAUUCAUAACGUGUUCAACAUCAGCAGUCAUUUGACAAUCAUGUUUGUGUGAUGCUCACCGUACAUGAUAUACAUCUUAACUAUAUCUUCAAAGUACAAAAUAAUUUGCAACAAAAAAAUGUCGUAAAAAGUGAAUUGUUUUGUCCAUAGCUCAUUACCAUGAAUAUUUGGUGAAAGUUAUUUAUUAUAUAAAUAAACUGGCAAUUGGGAGUUUACUGUUCAUCUCUCUCACACUGUUAUUAAAAUGCAGUUUUUAUCAAAAUACUUUGAGGGACAUGUAUUUUAUUGAAAGUGAUAGAUGAAGCAUUUUAGAUCAGUUUUAUGUUUUGUACAGGAGUAAUUUUGUAAGACCGUGAAUCAUGACACAAGUGGUAAGGAAACCCUCACUUUUACUCAUUUUGUGCAUGUGCCAUCCAGAAAUUAUCAAGUUUACUCAAGAACUGCAAAGGGAAAAUUGAAAGGCAUGUGUUUGUCAGGGCUGCCAGUUAAUUGUGUAAAUUUUGUUCUGCAGAUUGCCAUGCAUGCUUGUAAAAUUCAGUGGAUUGGCCAAGUUUUCUGGAUGAAUGUGGAUGUUGUCUGUAAACUUGGAUCUUUGGAUAUGAAUUCUCCUAGUCAAAAUAUGAUCCAAGUUGUGUUGUGAACAAGGGCUUAGAUAGGUACAAGGUGAAGUUAGGUAAGCCAUUUUUACCAGUGCCAUUGCAGGAUGUUUGAGCUAGGUGUGAGUGCCUCCCUGCUUACUGCAUGGGAGGCAUUCGCAGCUAGCAGCCUCUCAUGUGAUCAUUUCCUGCACUGGUGCUCAUCCAUUUACUAAUAAGUGACUUUUGUAAGUUUGUGAAAAAUUAGCUUUGCUUAGCCAUAGACAUAUGGAAGAUGCCACACUGAGGAAGUCACCCUCUCUCUCUUGGUGCUGGGAUAUCUUGGCAUUUGUAAAUGAAGCAGAUGUCUAGUUAGCAAGUCAAGUUGAGAAAUUGUGUAGUGUCUGUCCUCAGUGUGGUAACAAGGAGCACCGACUGGGAAGGAGUUGAAGCCUGGCAUCCAUGCCACCAGAGGAAGUAGAGCUUUUCCAGCAUUACCUCUGUGGUAGGGAGACUUGGCUUCAAGACUCAGCUUCAGUUUAGCUUCAGUGUUGUCAGCAUUAGGGGUCAUGUGUGUUAAUGUUAAGUGAUCUCAGUGUGCUGAUGUGUUUUUCAUAUUUUGUAGACUAAGGCUUCAACUUUGUAAGAAAAACAACCAUGUAAUUUAUAGCUAGAAACCUUACUGUUGACAAGUGGCACCUGCUUGAUAGAGGCUCACAUUGGCUUACUCAGACAUUUACCUAUUAAUGGAUUAGUAAGCCUUUAUUGGAAUUAAGAAAAAUUCAUGUUCAUAAUUUAAGAUACAGUACAUUUAAGAUCUCUCAGAUAAGAUUAAUUAGCUCUAUUUAUAUUAAAUGUGAGGCAACAGAAGAUUGAAUUUAAAGUUUUAAUUAUUUCAGAACAUGGUGACAGAUUCUGAUCAUAAAAUUUGUGCCACUUCAACUUUAGAUUUUUUUUUUUUUUGACACCUUUUGUCCCUUUUGGUGCAAAUUUUGUUUGUUCUUGCAUGGCAAUGUUUCACAAUAGUUUAUUUGAGUACAAUUAAUGUUUUGAUACAAUAAAAGUAAUAGUUUCAAGUGUGUAUUCAUUGUGUAUUGGAGUGUGCCAUGUUUCACCAUGUAACUGUUUUGUUAAUAGCCUGAAACAAAUUCUGAUGUACACAACUCUACAUUAAUGGCUUGGUAAACAUUAGCUUGAAUAUAUCAGUAUUUAAGAAACCUCUCAGAUUUAAUUAUUCCAUAAGAGUUUAAAAAGACUGCCAGCUGUAUAAGCAGUUAUCAGAAAUUACCAUAAGGUGGUUGCAAAAGAGUUUGAAAUCUGCAUCAUGAUUUUUCCAUGAAAGAUGUCAGAGGGAAAUUACUUUUUAAUUUUACUGACUUGUAUGUACACAUGCAUGAUGAAUAUAAGUUGAUAAUCUAAAAUUAUGUCAGAAUGUCCUUGAAGCUUUUAUCUGGUUGCACACAUUUGUACUUUUAAUGUAUGAACAAAGCAUUUUCAUGCAGGAUGCCACUUGAUCACAAAUUUGGUAUGUAGGUUGAAUCUGUCUUGUCUCUGAGGAGUUAUUCAAUUUUAUAAAUCUGCUCAACAUGACUUGUCAGCCAUAACUAAUCAAGUCACACCUGAAAGGGACUUAUGCACCAAGUUUUGUUAGUCUUUAUUUAUGUCACAGCAUAUGUAAGUUUUAAUAAUCCUGGCACAAAAUAAAACUUGACA